AUGUCUGCCGAUUUAACCUGGCAAAUCAUUCGUAAGAACAAUUGUUUUCUUCGACGACAGAAAGGGAUCAAGAAGCAUUUUUCUGUUGAACCUUUCAAUCUUCGUGGCAUCAAUAGUCCCCGAUUCAACGGGCUGAUUAGCAAGAAAGCUAUGGAUAUAGCUCCUGCGAAGGAUGACAAGGAAGUUGUCGUGUCGUUGAAAGUGCCAGGUGAUUUCUUCACUUUAUUUGGCAUUUUAUUUGAGAAACCACAGAAAAAAGGCUCUCUAAUUCAAAGGUGGUCGUGA